ACUAUUUUCCGCCCUAAAAUUUUCAUCUAAAGCCAUAAUUGUCGUUUGUUAAUUUCCCCUCAUCGUUCCUUCCUCUCUCUCUAAACGUCAAUGGCGACCUCGAAUUUCGCGCUUCUACUUCUCGCUUUCUUUCUCCUCGCCGUCUCCGCCGCCGCUAGGCCAUGCAAAACCCUAUUCUUCAUCACCUCCACUUCCUAUUAUCAGAUCCCCACAACAAUUUCUCGAAACCCUAACCCUAACCACAAUUUCUUCCUCCGUAACCCCUCUAUUUCUCCUCGAUUCCGUACUUUCUUCGUCACUACCUCCGGUUUCCGUGAUGAUGCUCCGAAAUUUGGAUUCCUUAGGCCAUCAAUUUUCUUCCGGAGAUCCGACCCGGUUUUCUUUGAACGACAGGACGCCGUUGAACAGGUGGAAGAUGCAGAGGAAUUGGCGAGUCGAUCGUCGUCGAUGAUUCCGGUGGAGUUUUACUCGUCGGUGACGAGCUCAAUCCGUGAUCGGACUAAGGAUAUCAUGAGGGUUGUUGGAGCUUUGCUUUUCGGUGUCGGUUGUGGUGCAUUAACUGCUGCCACUAUGUAUUUGAUCUGGUCCCUUUUCUGGCCUAAUCGCUUCGAGUUUGAGGAUUCUGAUGAUGAUUUCGAUGAUGGAAAUGAUGAUUAUGAUCUUAGCAGUGCUAAGAAGAUGGGAUUCGUGGCGAUUCCGACUAAAGUUGUGGAUGAUGAUUUGAAGAAGCCUGCUGCUCCGGUUAAAGAAGUGGUAUGAAAGGUCUUUGCUUAAUAGUGGAAGUUUUAACAUUUAUGCUGUUUGUUAAUCUAUAAUUACUUGAAUGCAUUUGUUAUUGAUGCUUCAAAAUUUGAUGAACAAAUGUGUUGAAUUACUGUGACUUUGCUUGUUUAUAUUAGUAUUGAAUUGUGAAGAAUAUUACUAAAUAAGUGUAAUAGUGUCAUGACGGAGUGCAUCCUCCAUGUUCAUUGAGUAAUAAACUGUGUAUUCCAACGAACAAAUAUCAAAAUUAUGAUGCGUUUCUGUUAUGUGAUGUGAAAUGUUCUA